UUUACUUCUUCAGUUCUUCGGUAGCACUGGUGACUGAGUGACCGCGACCACUCGAUUCUUCCGCUACUAGGUCACACAGUCUGCAGCUGAAUUCGGAAUGAUUUUGUGCGGUGACAGAGGAGUUCUCUUCGUGUUAACGCUUGGAUUAUAGAGGCUGCUUUGCCAAAACGAUGCAAAAUGAUACUGAGCUGUUUUGUCUUAUUACUCUACACCCAUGGCUCACUGCAAUACGGCUACGCCUCCGGAGGAGACCAGACGACUUGUGGCCGUCCUUAUAGAUCCGGGAGGAUGUACCAACCGCCUUGCGAUCUGAAGAAGCACGGCUACUGCACAUCAGCCGGAAAAACCUACCCGUGGAACGCUGUUAAACGGUUCAUCAAGGACAACCAAGGCCUCAUGAGGAGAAUGUAUGGCGACCAGAGGCACAUUCAAGUCCUGAAGGCUGAACUUGGGAACGGCCCAGAGUUUGUGGAGAAGAAAAUGCGCUUCGCUCGGUAUCAGCACGGGGAUGAUGCCGACAAUGAGGUGUUUCCUCCUGAGGAAGAUGACGAAAGUGAGGCUAGGUUUCUCCGCGAGGACAUGUCUAACGAUGACGUGCUCAAAACGAAGUUCAUCUACUCCGAGGAGCCUAUAAUUUCGAUCAAGUUGGCGGGUCUGAAGACCGCUCCUCAUUUUAGGCCCACCAGCGAGAGAACCACCACCAAAGUUAGUGCUACUGAAAAGGAAAGCGAUGUAGGGUCUACUGUUACUACUGAGCUGCCUGACAUCAGCACGACUGAUUCAGGGACAGAUCAGACGACUAACUCAAAAUUGAAUGAUACGGAGAGAGUUGAUGAUAGCGAGGAUGACUCGUCGUCGAACGAGGAAGUGGCAGAGCCGGAGAAAACAACUGCUGGUGGAGAGAAGGAGAAAAUGGAGACUGUGCUCUUCCAAGAUAUGGUAGAGGAGCCGCUGAAGAAAAAGGUUCACCUGAAUUACAACUCUAAAGGGGUGAACGCUUGUCCGGUCAGAGAGGAGGUCGUAGCCCCAUUCUGGGCCAAUAACACCCGAGGCGAAGAACUAGCGCUUCUAAACAUGUACCCGUUCGAGCAGUACGUCCACCUGGAGAAGUGCGCCUACGAACAUCGCCAGAUGUACUGCAGGGACGGUUGCCGUUGCGAGCAGCAGUACCGCCUCCACAGGCUGCUCGCCUACGACCCUAACAACGAGUGCAGGGGAAUAUUUUCGGACUGGUUUAGAUUCCCUUCUUGCUGCGUGUGUAUCUGCUACGACAUGCCCGUGGAGUUCAGGGUAACUUCGAGAAGUCCACGGUAUCAGUCGAAUUUUAACUGAAAGUUUGUUAGAUGAGAAGAUUUUGAAGCGUUUAAAUCAUAAUUGUUCACUCAUACAAAAAGAAUUUGAAUGUUGAUGAUUGGAAAAUGUAGGGUUUUUUCUUUCACG